AAAAGAAAGAAUUUUUUUCUUACUUGAAAGAAAUUAAACGACAAGUCAUGCAAGGACAGAGAAGUUGGAGAGUUAAAGAACCUUUUUUCUUUGAUGGUGCGUGGUAUCAGGAACGCUUGAACGGGUAUGCCUUCAUCAUUGAGGGCAAGAAGCGCAAGGCCAACUGCUCUAUAUUUUACUCACGUCCUCAUUCUGCAUAUUCUUGCCCCUUGUGCAACUGUUUCUUUGAUCGGGAUAUCGAUACUGUAAGUAGACAUGCCUUGCAUUGCAGCGAGCGCAAAAGUGGUCUAGAGAAUAGAGGAUGGUGGCCCUCUGUGUGCUGA